CGUAGAGAAAAUGCAUGUUAAGCAGCUCCCACCCCAGGCACAGGUUAGCAAAGUAGCAGAAUGGAAGGACAGGAUCAUCUCAAGGAUUUCAUUGUUGGAUCUCUUCCCACACUGAUCUACAUUCCUAACUUCAUCACAGAUUCUGAUCAGGACCACCUCCUCCAUCAUAUUUACCAAGCACCCAUAUCCAAGUGGAAAUCUUUGAAAAACAGGAGAUUACAGAACUGGGGAGGAGUGGUGCAUGAAAAGGGUCUUCUACCUCAGGACUUGCCAGCUUGGUUGACGAAGAUUACACAAAAGAUAUGUGAAAAGACGGGGCUUUUUCCGUCACCGAUCAAUCACGUGCUUAUCAAUGAAUACCUGCCUGAUCAAGGCAUCAUGAUAUUCUUCAAUCGACUUUCUGAGAAUCUCCUCAGCAAGCCACACCAGGAUGGGCCUGCUUAUUUCCCUGUUGUAGCAAUCCUGUCUCUUGGAUCACCUGUUGUGAUGAAUUUCACGCCUCAUCCGAGAUUGAGAGGUAGAAAUGGAGAAAGAGGUGUUUCAGAAGAAUCAAAUUCUGAUGAAAGGGCAGUAGAGAUUGGGAUCAAUGAGCAGUCGAAGGACAUGUGCAGCCCAAUAGACGACCACCAUCGUCUAUCCAUCAUGUUGAUGCCUCACAGUUUAUUGAUAUUCAAAGACGCGGCGUACUCAGACUACUUGCAUGGGAUAGAGGACACCAACAUUCAUAGUCUAGAUGAGGUUGUGAAUGUUGCUGAAGCUCUGAAAUAUCAGGAGCAAAUUUCUUCCAUGAGCUCAGAGCAAGCAGCAAGAACCAACAUUGCCGAACAGCAUUCGGCCAUUCAUAGAACCACCACCCGAGUAUCAUUAACAUGUCGAUUAGUGUUAAAAGUCCACAAAAAUCUCUUCAAGUUUUAAAAAUCAACGGUGCUAAGUUGAUGCUGAUGUAACCUUUCAGGAUAGAGAAAAAGAAAAAAGAAAGAAAAAAAGACAGUAGUAAUGUAUUUUUGAGGA